CGAAAAGUAUGCAUUCGGGGGCUGUUGAGAACAAAGGUCAUCCUUUCCGUCGGCCAUGUUCCUCUUCUCGUUCAUGAAGUCCUCGAAAGCUGCGACGGAAGAGCUGCCGGCCCCAGUGCCUUCAAAGAAAGAAUCAAACAGUUCGCUGCAUGAUCUAGCGGCGUUAGCGAUUGCAGCAGACGAACGCGGAGACGUCAAGGCAGCCAUCGACCUGUACGUUCAGGUCAUCGAGAGAAUGCUGAAGCAGGUCAAAGAUGUGCACGAUCCUGAAAUGCAGCGCGACAUGCGGCGGAAGAUCCAAGGCUUCAUGGCACGCGCCGAGACGCUGAAAGCAGUUGCAUCCCCUGCUGGACGUGUCCAUCAGCCUCACGCGCCUUCACGACCACACAGCAAAACCAGGGCAACGAACCCAACAUUGGCGCAUGCUGUGCUCGACGACGUGUUGGAAACUGCUCCCGACGUCCGGUGGGGUGACAUCGCGGGCCUUGACGAUGCCAAGCAGAUGCUGCAAGUACAUUUUACAAGUGGUGUCAUGACGGAAGCCUUUGAUGAAAUGAUCGACAGGAAGCCGUCGUGUUGCCGCUCCUGCGGCCAGACUUAUUUACUGGUUUGCAGCAUCGUCGUCCUCUCCUUUGCUUCACGGUGUGGUCUCGCUGAUACGACUAGGGCUCCGAGCCGCUCCAAAGGGUGCACUUCUCUUUGGUCCGCCUGGGACAGGUUCGUUCCUGCCCGUUCGUCCGUCAUGGUGAUGGUGUCCAUAGGGAAGACCAUGCUGGCGAAGGCCGUCGCCACCGAGUCCCACGCGACGUUUUUCAGUGUGACUGCGUCGACGCUGACGUCAAAGUGGGUCGGCGAAGGCGAAAAACUCGUCCGCGCGCUGUUCGACAUGGCGCGGGAACUACAGCCGUCGGUCAUUUUCCUGGACGAAAUCGACUCGUUGCUGUCGAUCCGGUCGGCCGGUGAGCACGACGCCGCACGCCGCCUGAAGAACGAAUUUUUGAUCCAACUGGACGGAGUCGGGUCUUCCUCUGAGGUGUUUGCCCCAUGCUGUUGGUCAUGCGCCGUGUGCGUGCUUUGGACGAUCGCUGUAGGACCGCAUUUUAGUCUUGGGCGCGACAAACUUACCCCACGACCUCGACGAAGCCAUCGUGCGACGGCUGGAAAAGCGAGUUUACGGUGACGCUGCUUGAUCGACUCGAUCGGGGACGCGCACCGAUGUCGCGUUGUUGUAGUGCCUUUGCCGGACGAAGCUGCGCGAAAAUACCUGAUCGGCCAUCUUCUUCGCCCGCACAAGCAUUCGCUGACAGAUCGCGACAUCGCCGCUGUUGCUGCAGCGACCGACCAGUACGUCGUGUGCUUCGUUCGUCGUGGUGGUGGAUGCACUCGAUGCCAUGCGUGGUAGAUAUUCCGGCAGCGACAUCAAGAACGUGUGCAAGGAAGCUGCGAUGGGACCGCUGCGAAGCCUGGGCGACCGAUUGAAGUGUGCAGCCGUGGACGACGUCCGGCCAAUUACUCGAGCCGACUUCACCGACGCGUUGGCUCGAACGUCGCCAAGCGUGUCGCGCGAGUCGCUGCGUCGACUGAGCGAGUGGAAUGCUCGCGGGCACACGUCUGUUUAAUGUACCAACGGCAUUUACGUCUCAACGCGGUCGUGGGUGGCAUCGAGGACGCGGGCUCGCAGUUUGUCGGGAAAAUGGAGGCGCUGGUGUCGACUGGAGACAGCGUCGUGCUGUCGCAUGGCGACGAGAAACUUGCU